AUGGUUCGAGGUCAUAACUUAUCUAUUGAUACUGUUGCUGCUUCACGUGUACAAAAACCUACAUCAAAAUCCUCUCUGGAUAACAACGAUAAUCGUUCAAGUAUCGAUGAUGAUGACUAUCUUACAUCUUCUCCUUCAAUUAUUGAAGAAGAAAUUGAUUUUACUCUAGUUUAUGCUUUACAUUCCUUUCACGCUACCGUCGAAGGUCAGGCUACUGUUGAAAAAGGUGAUUCAUUAAAUUUAUUAGAUGACUCAAAUAGCUAUUGGUGGCUAGUUAAAGUUUUACCAAGUGAUGAAAUUGGUUAUAUACCUGCUGAAAAUAUUGAGACACCAUACGAAAGACUAGCAAGAUUAAAUAAGCAUCGAAACAUAAGUUUAACAUCAUCACAAAACAAUACUGAAUCGGAUAAUUCGCUUUCUAAACAAAUUUCAACCAAUCAAGUAAAGGCUGUCACUUUUGCUUCUCCAUUAUUUUUUAAAGUACAAUUAGUGAGUGAACCCGAAGAACUGGACUAUGCUGAUCAGCAAAUAAUAGACUCUGAAAGUGAUCAUUCUUUGAGUAAUAUGAGUCAAGAGAAUAAUAGAAUAUCAAAAACUUCUAUUCAAUCAGCAGGAAGUGAAAAUCAGGCAUCACAACCAUUGCAAGCGAGAACACAAUCUGUACAGUUAGAAAAUAAUUCAAAAUAUGAUCAAUCGUCGCGCACUACUAAUUCUUUGAAUAAUAAAAUACAAGAUGUUAUAAAUAAUAAGAAUGGGACUAUUAAAAUGUCUUUGACUCCAGCUUUAGGUAGUGACUUCAUUGAUUUCUCGGAUGAGGAAGAUGAAAUAAAUAAUACGAAAACAAAAUCUUUCGAGAAGGCGAAUAACAAUAACGAGCCUAUAAAAACUAAUAUAACUCCUAGUGAAUCUAUUAAAAAUGUAGAUGUAUCAGAUGAUAAAAAAUCCGGGAAACCGAAGAAAGAAGAGAAGAAGAAAGAGAGUGGUGGUAUAUUUAGGCACUUCUUUAAAAGAAAGUCAAAGAAAAAGGAAGAAGAACCUGUCAAACAGGUUUCUCCUAUGGUUGAUAAUACUAAGCAAAAUAAUCAACCAUCUUCUACGCCACCCCCGCAAAAUAACGCCAAAGCUCAGCGUCCCAGUCCUUUGACAAAUCAGCAACGGUCUUCUCAACCUGGUUCUUCGUCGAAUCGAUCAUCUCAACCUGGUUCUUCGUCGAAUCAAUCAUCUCCACGGGCUAGUUCCCUACAAAAUCGGUCACAACUUCAACAAGUUGGUUCUCCACCAAAUCAAAAUCAAAACCAACAGCAAUCACAAAAAAAUCAGAGUCCGCAACGCCAAAUAGAUCCCCGAUCACAACGAAACCAAUCUCAAAACCAAUCUCAAAACUUAUCUCAAAAUAAAUCUCAAAAUCAAUCUCAGAUUCAACAUCAGUCACAACAACAAUCUCCAAAUCUAAAACAGCCCCAGACACAGCAACAAUCAUCAAAACGAGAAUAUCCAAAAGUUCAACAAGUGUCAAGUCAUGAACCUCCUGUUCAAGUAAUUCAACGUGAUUCCGGCUCGGUUCAGCAAGAUGCUUUACAAGUCCCUACACAAGAUGCUGUUAAAUCAAUUAAAUUAAAAACUUCUCCAUCUCCCAUAAGAGUCGUUCAGCAUACACCAUCUGAAAGAUCAAUUACUCCUUUGACUCCUUUGACACCUGUUGAUCCUUUUUACAAUGUAAUUCGAAUAUUUGCAGGUCAAAAUAUUUCAUCCAAUGAAGGAUCAAAAUUAAUUUUAUUAAGUCAAACUACAAUCACUUCUACACUCAUUAAGCAAGCAUUGCACCGAUUCAAUUUGAAUGCAGAUGAUUGGGAAAAUCAAAUUCAAUUAAUGUCUGAUGAUCUCCCACUUGAUGUCUUUCAUUCAUUAACAUCUUCUAAUGCUGUUACAUUACCUUCGAUAAGAAGGAGCUCUAUUGAAUCUAUUUCCUCAACUACUUCAAAUUUAUCUGAUAUUAGUGUAAUUAAAAACUUAGAAUUACAAAAUGAUAAGGGCAUUAUUACAUUCUAUUUAAAUAGACGUACAAAAAGAGGCAGUCGAUCUUCAAGUGAAAGAAAAUUACGUGUACGGGUAUUGAUUUAUAAUGAUGAUUUACCUGUUCAUUUAAGGAAUAAUAAACAACAACAACACGUACCAAGAACUUCUAUGUCUGUUCCUAAACAUCUCGCUGAAAAGGCUGCAAGGCGACGUUCUAGAGAAGAAGGUAAACCUAGAGAAAAAGCUAUUGUAGUAUCUGGACUUUCAACUGUUAGGCAAGUCAUAGAAAAAGCUAUGGAAAAACUUGAAAUUAAUGAUGGUAUCGUUGAUGAUGGUAAAAGGAUUUCAGAUAAUGAUGAAAAACCACGAUAUCAAUUAAUGAUGAUUGUUGACGGAGAAGAAAAACUCCUUUCUUCUGAAAUAAAUAUAAUUUCAGUUUAUCCAACAGCUCCAAGACUUCAUCAUUUAUCAGUAGAUUCUGUGGAUUCAUCAUCAUCUCUGGCAUUGGAUUAUCGACCAGAUGAACCAAUGUUCGUUUUAAGACUUUUACGACCUGAAGAUCGUCAAACACGUGCAAUGCCUGCAGUUUCAGAAAUUUCUCGACAUUCAAGACGAAUUCAAACACAAUCACAUAUUUUCAAUAAAUCAGGUGAACAAAAAACCAAUGAUGACAUAACAAAUACACGUAAACAACUUAUAGAACAACAACGUGAAUAUAGUCGUGAAAAACAAAGAUCUAUUCUUUCUGCGCAUAAAAAUACAUCACAAGGUAUUGAUAUUGUUACAAAAGCUGGUGCAAUUCGAAGUUCUCGUAUUUUUGGAGCAAAAAUUCGAUAUUCUUUUAUUCCAACACAAGGAAAAGAAUUUGAUAUUAGUAAUCUUAUUGAAGAUAUUUGGGGUGAUGAUGAUGAAGUACUAAAUUCGGAUGAUCAAAGUGAUUUAUCCUUCAAUGAUCCUUAUAAUGAAAAGCAAAACAAAAAGAAAAAUGAUCAAUAUCGUAAAAGCACAACACAAGAUGUAGAUAUUUUAGUAAAGAUGAUAAAUAGUGCGCAUAAUAAUAAUGGGAACGUUAUAAAAUCCUUUGAGGAAAGAAUUGAACGUGUAUUACAACAAGUUGAUCGAUAUAGUAAUGGUAUGAUACCAAAUCUUGCAACUGCUUUACAUACACCAAUAAUUAAUGAACGUUCUAAUAGUUUAUCAAGUGGUUGGUCUAUUCCAUCACCAACACGUUAUAAUGCGACACCUGAUGAUUUUAGUAAUGAUUUUGAUGAUGAAGAUAAUGAUUCAGUAUCAGAAUUAUAUUCUUCAAAAUAUAAAAAUUUACCAUCAUUAACAAUAGAAAGAUCUCAAUCUCAAGAGUUACUUUCUCGAACACCUCAAAAAUCCAGACAAAGAUCAUUCUCUUCUGCAUCAAAUAACUCUAUAAACACUAAUACUACCUUAGAUUCAAUAACACCAGGAAAUCACCUUCCAUUAUUUAGAAAAUCAUCUACUGCUUCUUCAUUUACAGACAGUGAUUGGAUAUUAACUGAUGAUUUCGGAUUACAAGAAUUAUUAAUACUUGUCAGAUCCGGAGUAAAUAUGUUAGAAUUAAAGGAAAGGAGAAGAAGUGGGUGGCAAAUACAUGAGGACCCUGAAAAAAUAUUAAGCACACUUAGACUUGGAGACAUUAGAAAUGACAUUAGGGAGGUUUUUGAUAAUGUUAACAAUGAAUUAGAUCAAUUAGAACAAGAACUCGAUCAACUUAUGGAUGACGCUAUAAAAGUUUUCUAA